AUGGAUCAUAUAUUUUUCAGAUGCAAAAGAGCUCACGUCUGUUGGAAGCUGGUGGGAAUAAGUUGGCACGAAAUUGAGACAACAUCCUCUACUUUUCAAGAUUGGUGGUUAGAGAUAACUUGUGUUCCGAAGGACAAAGUAAUCGAAGAUAGAAUAAAUCUCUUAAUUUUACCUUCUUUGGUGGCUUUGAAAAACUAUGAUCAACUAGGAGAGUGGUAUAAUGUAAUGGAUUUGGUGGACAAAGCAAGUAAAGAUAGGCACUAUAUUACUAACUGUCGAUGCCCAAAUUCAUAUAGUGGAAUGGUUUUGUUGAGGGGAGCUGCAGAAAAAGAAGGAAAGGUGUUGAAGGAAUGGACUAUUACUUUCAAAUACAGUGGGACUCAUUCAGAAGAUGAACUGAGAAGAAUCAGAUGGCUACUUGAACUUGCAGUCAAAGAUGGUUGGAAGGAAGUGGCUUGCAGUGUGGCAAAAAGAGAGAUAGCCUCUAUUCUUAAUAACAGGACUCAGAUAGAGUUAGGUUUGAGUGUCUUGGCUGAGGAUAUUUGGUGCUUG